GAUAUAUCUAGAACUAUGCUUGCUGUGAGCUCCUUCCAAAGGAAAACAGACCUGCAUAAAUGCUGCACCCUGGAACUGCCAAACAGCUCAAAGAAGCAGGGCGAGUGUAACAUUAUGCAAAUAAGUUAAUUAUUUCCAGGUGUUGCAACCCCAAAGCUUAACUAUUACUACGCAAAGGGACGGUGGGAUAUUCUCUCUCCCUUUCCAAGAUAAUAAUUGUUUGCAACAGAUAAUUUCUCAGAGGUAUGGUAGAAAAGAUUAGCUUACAAAACAAGUCCCAGAGGUUAACUUAGAAGAAUUUUAGAGGGUAUUUGCUUGUUUGCUUAGUUUUUAGAGGGGUGGGAAGGAUAUCAUGACAUGAUGGAACUAGCCAGGCUUCAUUUAAAAAAAAAAAAAACAGAAGAAAAACCCCUAACGACCCUUGAUAGCAUCACAGGAAUGCAGAGGUGGAGCCAGAACUCGAAAAAGACAAUACAAAAACCUGUUAGUCGAGCGUUCUGCAGAUUUCCAAGGAUCGUGCAGAUGGCUUUCACCGAGAAAGACUUCUAUGCUGCACAUUUCAAUCCAAAAGAGUUUUUGAAUGCCUAUUACACCUUUAGCCCUGGGAAAGAAGACGAGAAUGGCUUUUUUACUUUCUUUCUGAAAAAUCUCCACCAGGCAUUCAUUUCAGAUGACAUAAAAGGGGACACCCUGAUUGAUAUUGGAAGUGGACCAACCAUCUACCAGUUCCUCUCGGCUUGUGAGUCCUUCCAAGAAAUUGUCGCCACAGAUUAUUGUGAACAAAACUGGGAGGAGAUGCAACGGUGGCUAAGGAAGGAGCCAGGAGCUUUCGACUGGAGCCCGGUGGUGAAAUAUGUGUGUGAGCUGGAGGGUAACAGGGAAAAGUGGGAAGAGAAGGAAGAAAAGGUCCGAAGAGCCAUUAAGAAGGUUCUGAAAUGUGACGUGACCCAGGCCAGCCCUCUGGGCCCUGUGGCUCUGCCUCCAGCAGACUGCUUGAUGUCCUCCCUGUGCCUGGAAGGGGCCUGCAAAGACCUGCCCACCUACCGCUCUGCUCUGAAGAACAUCAGCUCCCUUGUCAAACCAGGGGGGCACCUCGUCUUAGGCUCCGUCCUAGAAGAAACCUACUUCAAGGUGGGCCAGCAGACCUUCUCCUGCCUCUACUUGAAGCGGGCAUCUGUGGAGGAAGCCCUCAAGGAGGCAGGCUUUGCUAUCAAGUUGUUCAAGGAGACCAAGAUUGAUUUGCCACUCUCUGAGACGGAUGCGAAGGCAUUCUGCAUUGUGGUGGCCCAAAAACGCCAGAGCUGAAGGAAAGACCACUGAAGGAAUAACAAAGUGAAGCAGGAGGUUUUUUUUUUGGGGGGGGGUAUAUUUUGUUCUGGAAAUUAGUUAUUCCUGUAGAAAGUCUAUGUAUGUGAUAACUGCAUCUAGAAUAUUCCAUGCACAUAAAUGGAAAGAAGAGAAAGUUCCAGUGAAGGAGGAGUGGCUUUUAAAAUUAAUGGACUGUGCAGAAAUUAGAGUUGCCAUACGUCCAGAAUUUCCUGGAUAUAUCUGGAAUACUGCAGUCGGAAACAGUGCCUGGGCAGAAAUCAGAGAAAUGUCUGGGAAAAUCUGGACGUAUGGCUGCCCAUGUCGGCAUUGCCCUUUUCCCCGAUUCCCCUUAAAAAUAGCUAAGAAAUGGCCAUUUUGGGGGGAAAUAUGGCAACCCUAGCAGAAAAUGGCAAUGCCGAAAGGGAAAUUAAGAGAUCGAAAUGAUGAACUUUUUAUAGAACAAAGGAAGGCUUUCAUGGACUAUUUAGGGGGGGAAAAUACUACAGUCAAAUGAAAUCGUGGACAGGAUUCGAGAUAAAAGCAGCAGAAUAAGAAUGACAAAUAAUUGUAAGAGAGAAACCUUUUGUUAUAAAGAUAUAACACAAUAGAAGAGGUUUGAGUAAAAACACUGUGGAGCUGAGAGGGAAGUCAGCUUAUGAAAUAAUGUAAUUAUUUGAUUUGAAGGCUAUUGUGGAAAUGUUUGAAAAAAAUUAAUAAAAGAAUUGUAUG